CCGAUGGAAUAAUGGAACAAGCACAGUUUCGAGUCAAAGAGAAAAGAAAGAAAGAUUUUCCAAGCACCAUCACCAUGAAACUACUACACGCAUCUAUUGGUCUCUCCMUCCUGAUCGGAAACCUGCCGAGCACAGAGGGAUUUUCCCAGAAUUCGUCCUCGCGGCGGAAGGCAACCUCGCUCGAACAAACCACGAGCGGGGAUGCUUUCGAGAUCAAACCCUUGUCGAGGAGAGGGUUUGUUGGGAGCACCGCGGGCUUGGCCCUGCUCACCGGAUUAUCGGCCCCGGCGGCUGCUUCCGGGAUCGCGACCGCCUCCGACGGGAACCUCCCCGACCUGCCCAGCGAGGCCGUCCGGUCAUACCUGCAGUACCGGGUUGGUCUCCAGGUCGCCGCCGACUACUACGUGUUUCAGUUGCAGGACAUGGUGGGCGAUAUAGAUCAGUGGGGAGAAGUUGGCCAGCUCUUUCGAGUAAACAACAACAAGGGCCAGGGACAGCCGUCCAAGAUUGGUAGGUUCUGUGUUUCGAAAACGACAUGAAAGGGAAUCGAGAAGGCGAGAAGGCGAAGCGUUGUGUGCGGUGGUUGUGUGCACUGCGCRCAUGUAUAUCCGAUUCUUUCCAUUAGGAACAAUCCACGCCACUUGUCUUAACCUUUGGUGCCUCGUAUUUUUUUGUAGAGCGCGACUAUGUCAACCCUAUGAGAAUCUUGCUCCUGAGUUUCCCCCCGGAAGUUUCCGAAGACAUGAGAGACGCGCAAUUCCGGUUCGAGAAGGCCGCGAACACUGUCUCCAAGGCCACGGCGGGGUACCGACGGGAUCUUCCCGUGGAGGUUGACGCGAAAACCAUCGCCAGUGCCAAAGCCGGUUGGGAAGAAGGGAGAGUGGCCCUGAACGAGUUUUUCGUGUUGCUCAACUCCGCCGUCGGAUUGAACGAGUUGACGCCAAUUCCUCCGCCGGGACCCAACCAGAACAAAGAGUACGGCAGAAGUGCCCGGCGGUACAACGAGCUUCAGAAAAAGAUUAAGCUGUGCCAAAACCGCGGGGGUCCGGCCCUCUCGCAAGCAUGGGGUAAGCAGAACCGUCGUAGAUGAUGGAUCAAGCAACCACCCUGUUUUCUCGUUUUUGGUAUCUCACUCAAUUUUGCCGUUUCUCGUCCGGCAUUCCUAUUUUUAACACCCGACAAAUACUCUAAUUUUAUGAUGUUUCUUAUCUAUGACAGGACAACUCAUGGUGUCGGGUUACCUCCAGGAUAGCUGUGGAAUCCCAGAUAUGGACGACUACUUCACACAAAAAUAAUUGUUACCGUGUGUUGUAUUCCUGCGUCGUCAGAAGCUAAUUUUUUGCUCUCCAUGAACUACUAAAGAUAGAAAAAAUCUCAAUAUUACGU